UCUAGUUUAAUAUCUAGGUCUAACCAUAUAUUUAUUUAUGACAUUUAUGUCUUAUGGGUCAAUAAAUAUUUAUUUAUGUCUAUGGGUCUAACUCAAUCCUGGACUCAAUCUCUCUUAUUAUUAUACUUAUAGAUAGUCUAGCCAAUACGGAGCUGCAACAAUUUAAUUGCGAAAAAUCUGCACGAUUUGGCUUAAUUUGUUUGAUAUGUCAGCUUUACUCUCUCUCUCUCUAUAUAUAUAUAUACUGAUCUACAUUAGUCAUUAGUUCCCUAAACAAUGAGCAAGUACAAAGUAAUCCAUUGGUUUCGUAAAGGUUUGAGGCUACACGACAACCCUGCUUUCUUGAAAGCUAUUGAAGAAUCCACUGAGAUAUAUCCAGUUUUUGUUCUGGACCCAUGGUUUGUUACCUCGUCUUCUAUAGGAAUCAACAGGUGGCGCUUCCUUCUACAGUCUCUCGUUAAUUUAGACAGCAAUUUGAAGAUGCUGAAUCUCAGGCUUUUUGUGGUGAAAGGAAAGCCAGAGAUUGAGAUCAAGAGACUGUGCCAAGAAUGGAAAAUAAACAGAUUAACAUUUGAGGUUGACACAGAGCCAUAUGCUGUUCAAAGAGACAAAAUAGUUGAGGAGAUUGUUCAGGCCAUGGGAGUGGAGGUUAUUAAAUGUGUUUCACAUACAUUGUAUGAUGUGCACAGAACUGUUCAAACCAAUGGAGGUAAGGCUCCAAUUAGUUACCAAGGAUUUCAAGCAGUUUUGUCUAAGCUGGGACCACCUGCUCCAGCUUUGCCUGCACCCACUGUUGCGGAUCUGUCAGGAUGUAAAACUCCAAUAAGUCCAACCCAUGAGAAAGAUUAUGGUGUGCCAACACUAUCAGAUUUAAAAAAGUCAGAGACAGACUGUGGCCCACUGUUAUAUCCAGGAGGUGAAACAGAAGCAUUAGAUAGAAUGGAAAGACAUAUUAAAAAAAUUAAUUGGAUUUGCACAUUUGAGAAACCUAAUACAUCUCCUAAUUCCAUUAUACCUAGUACAACUGUACUGAGUCCCUAUUUAAAGUUUGGCUGCCUGUCAGCUAGAUUAUUUUAUCACAAAUUAGCAGAAGUGUACAGUGGUAAGAAACAUUCACAACCCCCGGUGUCACUUCAUGGACAGAUGUUGUGGAGGGAGUUCUUUUACACUGUGGGUGCAGUCACAAAAAACUUUGAUCGCAUGCAGGGCAAUUCUGUGUGUAAACAGAUUCCAUGGGGCUCUAAUAAGGAGCAUCUGUCAGCAUGGACUCAUGCCAAGACUGGGUACCCUUUUAUUGAUGCCAUCAUGACACAGCUAAGGCUGGAAGGCUGGAUCCAUCAUUUAGCUAGGCAUGCUGUGGCCUGCUUCUUGACCAGAGGAGAUUUGUGGAUCAGUUGGGAGGAAGGACAAAAGGUAUUUGAAGAGCUCCUGUUGGAUGCUGACUGGAGUCUGAAUGCAGGAAACUGGAUGUGGCUGUCAGCCUCUUCUUUCUUCUACCAGUAUUUCAGGGUUUACAGCCCUAUAGCUUUUGGAAAGAAAACUGAUCCCAAUGGGGAUUACAUUAAAAAAUACCUUCCAGUGCUAAAGAAAUACCCUGCCAAGUAUAUCUAUGAGCCCUGGAAGGCUCCUCUAAGUAUGCAGCAGACAGCUGGCUGUGUGAUAGGAAAAGAUUACCCAAAGCCCAUAGUCGAUCAUGAUACAGUUAGAAAGGAAAACAUCAAGAAAAUGACUGAAGCUUAUGCACUUGAUAAGCAAACAAAAGAAGAAACAAAAAGUCCUUCCAAGAAACGGCCAUCAGAUUCAAGACCCAAAUCAAGCUCUCCAGUGAAAAAAAAAGCUAGACUGAGCUCCAAGUAAGAUUACCCAGAACUUGUUGAAAGCAGAUAUUAGUUGUACAUAUGUAUAGUAGUAGUGUAGUGCAAUACAAAUGUAAAAAUAUUCUUUA